AUGGAACAUGGAACUCCGUCGACUUUACUGGAUGAAGCCGUUGGGUCCAUCGCCGGCUGUCUUCUACUCCUCCACGACUCAGUAGAGACCACCGCUGCUUUUCUCCUUCAUCACUUCCUCAAGCGCUCUCUCUCUCCUCAUUCUUCGAAUGCCGUCAUUUUCGUCUCUUUCGCUCACCCCUUCUCUCACUACGAUCGCAUCCUCAGAAAACUCGGUUGCAACUUAGCUGCUCAAAGGGACAAUAAUAGAUUCUUCUUCUUUGACAUGCUUAAGUGGGAAUGUCCAGAUGAAGCAGAAGAAGCAAAGAGAAGAAGUGCACUUGUUACUCUUUUUGGGAAAAUUCAGAAGGUUAUAGGUGCCUUACCUCAAGAAAGGAGGAGCUCUGUUACCAUUAUGAUAGAUGAUAUUUCUCUUAUGGAGGUGGCUGCAAGAGGAUCAAUGAAUCUUGUCAUAGACUUUCUACAUUACUGUCACACGUUAACAUCUGAACUUGGUUGUUCUUUAGUUGCGCUAAACCAUGAAGAUAUCUAUUCUAGCACCAAGAGGCCAACACUUGUUUUACAAUUGGAGUAUCUGGCAGGAAUUCUGAUAAAAGCCGAGCCGUUGACCACUGGGUUGGCCAAAGAUGUGCAUGGACAGUUGACAGUUCUGAACAGGGGCACGUAUGAUGGGGCUGAAUCAAAAUACAGGGUACAUAAUUUUCACUUCAAAGUGAAGGAAAAUUGUGUAGAGUAUUUCAUUCCUGGGAGCAGAACUUAAGCAAUGCAUUUGGUUAUAUUCAUUUGGUUUUGGUUACACACUGGAUUUUGGUACUUUUACAUUUCAGUAGUGUAACUUUUAACCAAAAUGGACUGGUCUAUGUUUACGUUUUGGUACUUUCAUCACCAAAGAGAUUUUUUUUCUAGUCAUAAGUAAACACAAGGUUUGAUGGUUUUAUC